GCCAUCUUCCCAGAAGUUGUUCAUCUUCAGUUCACAGAAAGCGAGGAGGAUACGUUCUUUGUACAUCAUUUCUCAUUUCAUUAAGCUACAAUCUGCAGGUCCUAGCUGACAACGUCUCGGAUAUAGGACGAUUUAUUCUCAGGGACGUGACGGAUAUGGAACCUCUGACGAUUCUCCUUCUGCUAGCAGGACUAGUAGGGAAGACAUCAGCAACGACCACAAGUGUUUGGGACAAAACAACAAUUGCUGUUUCUACAUCAACCUCAGAUGCGGCUAAAACAACUACAGCCGUCUCCACAGCUCCCACAACAGCCCCAGCUACUUCCAAAACAACCACAUCAGCUCUCACAACGACCAUAACUGUUGCUCCAUCUAUAACAGAUGCGACAAAAUCAACUACAGACAUCCUCACAACAACCACAGAUGCUCUUACAACAACUACAGCCAUCCCCACAACAACCAUAGCAGCUCCCACAACAACCACAGCAGCUCUCACAACAACCACGGCUGCUGCAACAUCAACAACCAGCCCCACAACAUCCACGGCUGUUGCAACAUCAACAACCAUCCCCACAACAACCACAGAUGCUCUUACAACAACGACAGCCAUCCCCACAACAACCCCAGCUUCUCCCACAACAACACCAGCAGCUCCCAUAACAACCACAGCUUCUUCCCCAACAUCCACAGCUGCUCCCACAACAACCACAACUGCUUCCACAACGACCAGAGCUGAUUCCAUAACAACCACAGCAUCACCAAUGACAACUACAGCUGCAGGUACAACAACUACAGCUGCACCCACAACAACCACUGUAGCUCACACAACAACCACAGCUGCAGUUACCACAACCUCAGCUGCUACGACAACAAUAGCAGAUCCCACAACAACCACAUCUGCUCCCACAACAACCCCAGCUGCUCCCACAACAACAGCAGCACCAACGUCAACUACAGCUGAAUCUACAACAACAACAGCUGCACCCACAACAACCACUGCAGCUCACACAACAACCACAACUGCUCCCACAACAACUACAGCUGCACCCACAACAACAGCAGCACCAACGUCAACUACAGCUGGAUCUACAACAACAACAGCUGCACCCACAACAACCACUGCAGCUCACACAACAACCCCAGCUGUUCCCACAACAACAAUAGCAGAUCCCACAACAACCAUAACUGCUCCCACAACAACCAUAACUGCUCCGACAACAACCCCAGCUGCUCCCACAACAACAGCAGCACCAACGACAACUACAGCUGCGGCUACAACAACAACAGCUGCACCCACAACAACCACUGCAGCUCACACAACAACCACAGCUGAAGUUAUCACAAACACAGCUGCUGCUACGACAACAAUAGCAGAUCCCACAACAACCAUAGCUUCUUCCCCAACAACCGUAGCUGCUCCCACAUCAACUACAGCUGCACACACAACAACCACUGUAGCUCACACAACAUCCACAGCUGCAGUUACCACAACCACAGCUGCUACGACAACAAUAGCAGAUCCCACAACAAUCACAACUGCUCCCACAACAACAGCAGCACCAACGACAACUACAGAUGUGGCUACAACAACUACAGCUGCACCCACAACAACCACUGUAGCUCACACAACAACCACAGCUGCAGCUACGUCAACAAUAGCAGAUCCCACAACAACCACAACUGCUCCCACAACAACCCCAGCUGCUCCCACAACAACAGCAGCACCAACGUCAACUACAGCUGAAUCUACAACAACAACAGCUGCACCCACAACAACCACUGCAGCUCACACAACAACCACAACUGCUCCCACAACAACCCCAGCUGUUCCCACAACAACAAUAGCAGAUCCCACAACAACCACAACUGCUCCCACAACAACCCCAGCUGCUCCCACAACAACAGCAGCACCAAUGUCAACUACAGCUGAAUCUACAACAACAACAGCUGCACCCACAACAACCACUGCAGCUCACACAACAACCACAGCUGCAGUUCUCACAACCACAGCUGCUGCUACGUCAACAAUAGCAGAUCCCACAAAAACCACAACUGCUCCCACAACAACCCCAGCUGCACCCACAACAACAAUAGCAGAUCCCACAACAACCACAACUGCUCCCACAACAACCCCAGCUGCUCCCACAACAACAGCAGCACCAACGUCAACUACAGCUGAAUCUACAACAACAACAGCUGCACCCACAACAACCACUGCAGCUCACACAACAACCACAACUGCUCCCACAACAACCCCAGCUGUUCCCACAACAACAAUAGCAGAUCCCACAACAACCACAACUGCUCCCACAACAACCCCAGCUGCUCCCACAACAACAGCAGCACCAACGUCAACUAUAGCUGAAUCUACAACAACAACAGCUCUGCUCCCACAACAACAGCAGCACCAACGACAACUACAGCUGCGGCUACAACAGCAACAGCUGCACCCACAACAACCACUGCUGCAGUCUCACAACAACCACAGCCAUCCCCACAACAACCACGGCUGCUGCAACAUCAACAACCAUCGCCACAACAUCCACGACUGCUGCAACAUCAAAAAUCAUCCCCAUAACAACCACAGAUUCUCUUACAACAACCACAGCCAUCCUCACAACAGCUACAGCCAUCCCCACAACAACCCAAGCAACUCCCACAACAACCAGAGCAGCUCUCACAACAACCACAGCAUCUCUCACAACAUCCACGGCUGCUGCAACAUCAACAACCGUCCCCACAACAACCACAGAUGCAGCUCUCACAACAACCACAGCCAUCCCCACAACAACCACGGCUGCUGCAACAUCAACAACCAUCCCCACAACAUCCACGGCUGCUGCAACAUCAACAACCAUCCCCACAACAACCCCAUCUUCUCCCACAACAACCACAGCAGCUCCCAUAACAACCACAGCUUCUUCCCCAACAUCCACAGCUGCUCCCACAACAACCACAACUGCUUCCACAACGACCAGAGCUGA